AUGUUUGAAUUUGUUACCCUCAAUCGAGAUCCCUCUCCUUCCCGAAGACGAUCCUCAUUCGGAGGAAAGAAUAGUUCAAGUAAUGCCGUAUCCAGUGAAUACGCAGCAUCUGCUGUUACGGCUCAAGUAAAGAUCUCCAUCAUGGGAUCCGAGAAGGUUGGUAAAACAACCUUACUCAACCACUACAUACACAAGCAGCAUCGAAAAACAAUGGGAAAUACGAGCAUGGAUGAAGAGAGUGCUCCCGAGUCGACAGUGUAUGACUUUUCCUAUGCAACAGUGACUAUGAAUGUGAAUGGAGGACAGCGUCGUAAUGGUAGUAGCAGUAAUAAUUUUUCCUCGUCGUUCGAUUCCACACAGCAGCACUCCAAGGCUUUUUGCUUGUACUUUUCAGAAUGCUCAGCUCGUACAGAGUAUGCAGAACUGAGACAAAUAAGCUAUGAGCAAACUGAUAUUUUCAUUGUGUGUUUUCGAUUGGACGAUGAGAGGUCGUUUGUGGAGGCCAUUGAUACGUGGAUGUCAGAGGCUAAGUACGCAGCUUGUCAUGCAGCUCACAACAACAUGACCAACAACAGUCAGAGAUCGAGACUCGUCCUACUUGGACUAAGAUUCGUUGACCAUACUGCUGACACGACUCAAACUUUGUUAUCUGAAUCGGAAUUGUAUAGUAGUGAACAUGAAUUGCCAAAAACCCUGGAAGAAAAAGAUCAUCUUCUCUCUCAAAGAAGAAUUUCUUUGGAAUUGUCUCCAAGCCUAACGGAUGUCAUUGAUAUCAAGACGGAACAAACAGAACAGCCUUGCAAAAGCAAUGCUAUUAGACCUCGACUCAAAUCUUAUUCUGCACGAAAAAGUUGUUCUCAACCCGCAUGUUGUUCCUCUUUCAAUGAGAAGCGAAGAGGGUGUACAGUUCAUCUCAAUAACCUAAAGAGCGUUGGAGGAUGUUUGAAUUAUACGUUCAUGGCUCACGACUCCAAUAGAAAGGUUAGUUGGGGAAUGAUCGAGCAAGGUAGGAAGGAGCUGUUGAAUAGAGGAAUUGAUCAUGUGUACUAUGAAUGUUGUGCCACCAACCAAGGAAACGUUCAAUUUGUGAUUGAGGAGUGUGUGAGAGAAUACUACAACCAACUCGUUGCAAAUGCACAAACACAUUCUAAAAGAUUUUCCAACCGAGUAUCGUUGUAA